AUGGACAAAAAUGGAGAAAUGAUUGCUCAGCUAGUAGUGUUGCUAGCGGUGCUAAACCUUCAGAAAGUAGAGCCAAGUAAAACAGAAAUAAACAUUCUGAAAAAUUCUCGUUGGGGUGAUGCUCCUUUGACGCCGUCGGCUGGUAAUGUUGCUGAUAUCUUUUGGCCUGUGGAGCCUAUGAAAAAACGUCAUCGCCCAGCAACUCCAACACUUAAUCAAGUUAAUAUUGAAACUAAAUCAUCUGUCAAGGGUAUAGUAGGUCGGAAACCUCCCCUAAACUUGGUUAUAGCUGCAAAAAAAGCCGUUACAAAGAAAAAAUUCUAUCAUAUUGGGAAUGUGGCAAGAUGCACUAAGGACAAUAUUGUGGAAUACUUGAAGUCACUUGAUGUGGAAACUGUUUCAUGUUUUCCUGUUUUUAAGAAGUCAGACAAAGAAACUAAAACACCAGUACUCAAAAAAGAUGGUAAUGAGGAAAAUCUCUCCACAGACGAGACUAAACCAACGUCUUCGGACAAGUCAACAUCCUUCAGGUUGUGCGUAGAUGUAAAAUUAGCCAAUGUGAUUGAGGACAUGGAUUCCUGGCCAGAGCAUGUGAUUGCAAAUUCUUUUAACAAAUAUUUCACUAAUUUGGUUGAUGGCAUCAAUGUUGAUGUUAAUGAUAGGAAUGUUACCCAAUAUUUGAACAAUCCUGUUUCAUCCUCAGUUUCAUUAUGUGAAACUAAUGAAUUUGAAGUUCUAAAUAUUGUUCAUGGGCUAAGAAUUCUAAUUCUACUGGUCAUGAUGGAAUAUCUAAUUUCGUCAUAA